CACGAAAACACCACGCCUCUCUUCAUUUUUUUUUUCUUCAGUAUCUGCACACACAUUUGUUCUCUCUCCCUCCAAAAUCGCGUGGAUCUCUACAGAAAUUUACAUCCGGUUUUAUUUCCCUCGCGCAUUCUUUCUCCGUCGAAGCCUCUUACCAGAUCGCCGCACCGAUCCAUCUCCUCAAUCUACAUCGGUAAUCGAUCGUAAUUCCUAACAGUAGAAAGAUCUAGGGUUCCUGCUGAAUCAGCAGCUGGCUCCAGCACAUUUGUUUCAUUCCGAUAUAGAAUCUGGUUGGCGCACGCAGUUUCGAUUCGAAGGCAUUGAAAUUCAGCUCGCUCAAGCAGGUUUCGCUUUGUUCUUUGCGUGGUUCGGUUCGUGAAUGAGAGAUAAGGUCACGGUUUCGAUUAGAUGAGCAUGGAGGUCGUUAGCGAUACGGCGUCGUUGGAUGUCGACUUGUUGCAGCUCCCUGAGGUGUCCUCUUUGGCACUCAAAUCUAACCUAAGUUUCGUUGAGACGCUCUUCGAGCAGUGGCUUUCGCUUCCUGAAAGUCAUCGAUUGGUAACAUCGUUGCUAAAUGAAGCAAAGUCAGGUGCUCCCUUGAAUGUACCAGGGAAUUGCUCUAGUCCGAAUUCUUCAAGCAAUUCUUUACCCUCCAUGUUUCCCGCUGGCACUGCACCGCCUCUUUCGCCAAGAAGUUCAUCUGGCUCCCCUCGCAUAGUGAAACAUAGAGUUGGCCCUUCUAACUUGGGUUCUCCUUUGAAGGUUGUCAGUGAGCCAGUAAAAGAAUUGAUACCUCAGUUCUACUUUCAAUUUGGGCGUCCUCCUCCAAAUGAACUGAAAGAACAAUGCCUUGUUAGAAUUGACCAUUUAUUUCAUGAUCACAUGGAUGGUCUGCAGAUACAUGAAUUCAAGACAAUUACUAAGGAAGUAUGCAAGCUGCCAUCUUUCUUUUCCACAUCUCUGUUUAGAAAGAUUGACGAUGGAACUGGAUUUGUGACAAGGAAAUCAUUUAUUGAUUAUUGGGUCAACGGAAACAUGUUGACAAAAGAUAUAGCGACCCAAAUAUUCACAAUUUUAAAGCAACCACAGCUCAAAUACCUUACUCAGGAUGAUUUUAAACCUGUGCUACGUGAACUUUUGGCAACUCAUCCAGGAUUGGAGUUUCUGCAGAGCACACCUGAGUUUCAAGAGAGAUACGCUGAAACUGUCAUAUACAGAAUAUAUUACUACAUUAAUAGAUCAGGAAAUGGUCGUCUCACCCUGAGGGAGCUGAAGCGUGGAAACAUAAUUGAUGCAAUGCAGCAUGCUGAUGAAGAAGAGGACAUAAACAAGGUUUUGAGGUACUUUUCUUAUGAGCAUUUUUAUGUCAUAUACUGCAAGUUUUGGGAGCUGGAUACAGAUCAUGAUUUCUUGAUAGACAAAGAGAAUCUUAUCAGAUAUGGUAACCAUGCGCUUACCUAUCGAAUUGUUGAUAGAAUAUUUUCCCAGGUUCCUAGAAGAUUUACCAGUAAGGUUGAGGGAAAGAUGGGUUAUGAAGAUUUUGUUUACUUCAUACUGUCAGAAGAGGAUAAAUCAUCUGAGCCAAGUCUUGAAUAUUGGUUUAAGUGCAUUGAUUUGGAUGGAAAUGGAGUUUUGACACGGAAUGAACUGCAAUUUUUUUAUGAGGAGCAAUUGCAUCGAAUGGAGUGCAUGGCCCAAGAACCUGUGCUAUUUGAGGAUAUACUGUGCCAGAUUAUUGACAUGGUUGGACCUGAGGAUGAGAGCUAUAUAACUCUGCGAGACCUGAAAGGCGGUAAACUCUCAGGAAGUGUUUUCAAUAUCCUGUUCAAUCUGAAUAAGUUCAUGGCCUUUGAAACUCGUGACCCAUUUUUGAUUCGUCAGGAACGUGAGAAUCCUACAUUGACAGAGUGGGAUCGCUUUGCUCAUAGAGAAUAUAUAAGGCUUUCAAUGGAAGAAGACGUAGAGGAUGCAUCCAAUGGUAGUGCAGAAGUUUGGGAUGAAUCACUAGAGGCUCCUUUCUGACAUCAUUUAUAUUGGGCUAAAUACGGAUCAGGGCAGCACUAAGCUAGACUGGUCUUAAGCAGGUUGCAGGCAUUCGAAGCCAGCAAAUCAAAAUUAUCAUUCUCUUUCAAUUUAAUUACUUUUGCACAUGCAGAGCAUUUUCAAUGGCAUUCUCGCAGUAGUGAUUUAGAAAUUUCAAUGACGGGGGCAUAAUUGUUUUACAAUGCUCUGUAUUAGGAUUUGGACAUGGAAGCUUGCAUUCACCGUGCAGCUUGCCUCGUGAUCAAUUGAUUGUGUUAUUAUCAAUUGGGGUAUUACCGCAUUAACUAUCGUGAGAAAAUGUUUUAUUGUGAGAAUAAGAGGGUUCAAUAAUAACCGUUGGAUUAAAAUAAACUGUCAAUAUAAAAUCUAACGUGACUAUGCAUUCUAUUCUUUCAUUCACUUUCUCGUGUCUCUCUUCAUCUCCUAUUUUUUUUUCUUUCCAAAAUCGUCAUUUUCUCUAUCCAUUUCUAUGUCCAACUGACUUCAACAAUCACUCUCGUCUCAAAUGUUUGAUGAAUUUAAACAUGAAUAUCACAUGAAAUAAAAAAACGAGAUGAAGGGAACGCAAGUUCAUCGCCGUGUCCAAUACUAGUGACAUGCUGUAUGGUUUCAAAUGGAAUGUUCAGGGGCUACGCCAUGGAUUCAUGUAGGUCUGGCAAUAGAAAUUUUUUGGAUAAUUAAAUGUGGCCUUGGUAAUUCCUUCAUGAGGUUCUGCGGUUGGGCUUGUCAUAGGUCGCUUUUACUUUUUAAAUAAAAAAGCAUUUCAUUAAACAUUGGAGUGCUUGAAGGAAGUCAGAGGGCAGAGGAAUUGGUGGUUUUGUAAAGAGUGACGGGAUACACGAGCAAGAGUGCGCGUGGGAGAGUAGAAUAAAUGUAAGAUUUUAAAUUAUAUAGUUAUAUUGACCAUUUUUUUUUGUCUGAUGGUUAUUAUUGAACCCUCUCAUUCUCAAAAUGAAACACUUUCUUACAACUUAAUAGUCUGUAUGAUAAAUAAAGAAGACAAGCAAAUAUAUUGGUUGAAAAGACAAAAGCCCAUAUCUAUCUAUCUAUUCAUUGUACAGAGUACAAGUAUCUCAAGUAACUUUUGUUACCUGCCCUGCCCUGUUGCCCAUAACCCGUGCUUUCAUCGAUAUUGACCCAAACUGUGACUUCCUUCCUUGAUGCAAUGGCCUUUCCCAAAUAUAGCCAUUGUGAUUUUGUACCUGGGCUGUUCACAUUUUGCUUCCCUAGCCACCUUUCUGUUCUCUUCAUGCCCCCGUAAUUCCGUAAACUUACAUCGGGGAUGGGGAAGAGAAAAGAGGUGACAAUUAUCCCCCCCUCCAUUUUUUAUCAUGUUAUCUGGUCAUUUUUUGGGAGCCCUUUUGGUCAACUGACUACUACGCAGUGUGUAUAAUUUUGUAUCCUCUUAAUUAUGAAAGCAUUUUUAAAUUAUAAGUUCAUCUAGUUUUUAAAAUUAUACAUUAUUAGUGUAUGAAAAGUAUUAAUGCCGCAUAUCGG